AUGGCUAGCAGAACUCACGUUUUAGUUGUCCCUUUCCCUGUACAAGGUCACAUAAAUCCAAUGCUGCAAUUCUCCAAGCGCUUAGCCUCGAAAGGUCUGAGGGUCACUCUGGUCACCAUCACCAUUAGCAAGUCUAUGGAAUCCCAAACCAGCUCGGUCAAGAUUGAGUCUAUUUCCGAUGGCUUUGAUGAAGGUGAGAAACUGGAGGGCCAUGCUGGUUUCAUCAAACGUAUGAUGCUACUACUCUGGCAAUGUUUGCCCGAGCUCAUUGAGAAGCAAAAAAGCACUGGCUACCCUGUCAAAGUCCUUGUAUAUGAUUCAAUCAUGCCAUGGGCUCUAGAAAUAGCCCACAAGCUAGGUGUAUGUGGAGCUUCAUUCUUAACUCAAUCCUGUGCUGUUUGUGUUAUCUACUACCAUAUGCACCAAGGGACUUUGAAAACAUCUUUAAAGGGGUUUACGGUAUCAUUGCCUUCCAUGCCACGCCUGAGGAACGAAGAUCUACCCUUUUUCAUCUAUGACAAUGUCUCAUACCCCGAUGCGUUGAGGUUCCUCGUCGAUCAAUUCUCGAAUUUCCAGGAUGCGGAUUGGCUUUUGAUUAACACAUAUGACAAGCUAGAAGAUGAGCUUCAAGUUUUGGCUCACUACGCUGUGGGAUGCUUUAUGACUCAUUGUGGGUGGAACUCAACACUGGAGGCAUUGAGCUUGGGAGUGCCAUUGUUGGCGAUGCCACAGUGGACAGAUCAACCAACUAAAGCAAAGUUUAUUGUGGAUGUAUGGCAAGUGGGAAUUCGACUAAAGGUUGAUGAAAAGGGAACUGUUAUAAGGGAAGAAAUAGAGAACUUUAUAAACGAAGUCAUGGAGGGAGAAAGAGGGAAGGAGCUUAAAAGAAAUGUUGUGAAGUUGAAGGAAUUGGCUAAAGAAGCAGUAGAUGAAGGCGGAAGCUCUACGAUAAACAUUGAAGAAUUUGUUUCAGAAGUUCUAAGCACUUGA